CACGUGGUUGUGGAUUGAGAAUUUUUUCUUUCAAUGAAAUUCAUCGUUCAUGGCAGAAGAUGAUUGUAAUAGGUGGAUCAAACCCAUUUAUUUGCUAAAUAACAACAAUGUCACUAAAAUAUGCGCACCGAUGGUUCGAUAUUCGAAGCUGGGCUUCAGAACAUUGGUCAGAAAGUAUGGGUGUGACCUAGCCUACACACCUAUGACAAUCUGUGACUCGUUCAUCAAAUCACAGAAAGCCAGAGACAGCGAGUUCACCACCAACAAAACUGAUCGUCCCUUGAUUGUCCAGUUUGCAGCUCGGAAUGCUGAAGAGUUGGCUGAAGCAGCAGAAAUUGUUGUGCCAUUCGCUGAUGGCGUUGGCCUGAACUGUGGCUGUCCCCAAAAAUGGGCGGUGUCUUCUGGUUAUGGUGCUUGUUUGUUAAAGAAGCCCGAGCUCUUGGCUGACAUGGUGCGACAAGUCAAGUCUCGCGUUCCAGAUGACUUCACCAUGUCUGUGAAGAUCAGACUGCACUCGCACCUCAGGACCACUGUUGAUAUGUGUCAGAAAGCAGAGCACGCUGGUGCAGCAUGGGUAGCUGUCCAUGGUAGACGUGCAGAUCAACGAACCGAACCAGUCGAAUUGGAAGCUAUCAAACAAAUUAAAGACAGCCUCGGGAUCCCAGUGGUUGCCAACGGUGACAUAAAGAGUUUGGCCGAUAUCAGAAUGGUGAAGGAAGCAACAGGCGUCAAUGGUGUGAUGGUCGCACGUGGGCUCCUAGAGAACCCUGCUAUGUUUGCUGGUUAUGACUACACACCCUUGGAAUGCAUCAGAGAUUGGGUUGACAUUUCCAUGUCCACAGGGACUCCAUUCCAGACUUUCCAUCACCACUUAAUAGAAAUGUUGCAGUGCAACCUGUCGUCUGCUGAGAGGCGGAUAUUCAAUUCCUUGACUAGUACAUCUGCUACAAUAGACUAUGUGGAGGAACAUUUUGGAGCGUGAUAUAUCUCUCUUUCUCUGAUAAAUAACGGAAAGUGGCAUGUGGCUCUUGUGCUGUUGGCUCGAGUGACUCCUUUUCAUGUGGAUGUGUGUUGACAACUCCAGUACAUUGACAUGAACAUCUGCCAUCCUGAACAGCGUGUGAGAACAUUUUGGAAGAUUGAUUAUUUGUUUCAAAUAAAGCCGAGUCCUGUGAUAACUACUUGGCAUUGUUGGCUAAUGAGAUAACACAUUAUUCAAUCAACCAAAUGUCAUUUCCAUUUGGGUAAACAUCCAAGAUGGCUGACCUGAUUGUGAUAAACAAGGCCUGUUGUCUGCUUGUGUUGAAUGACGACGUCUGCCCCAGUUUUACUGUUUGUUGACAGUGAUCUGUUGAAGCAGCUGUUCACAGAUCAUGAGGCAUCUUGGGACAUGGAAACAUCCUGGAAUAGGAACACGUGUACUUGUGACGAAUUCUGUCUUUACUGGUGUCAGGCUGCAGUUGAACUAUAUUGGUUAUACAUGUAUUACUUUUUGGCAACCAGUUAUCGUACCUUUGAAAGGUCCUCCCUUGAAAUCCAUGCUGAUGUCUCCUUGUUGAUUAAGAUAACCAAACCAUUCACCAUGUUCUUCAUCUACAAACUAAUGAAAUAAAACUGAUUAAUACUGGAA